AGCUACAGCGCAUGUGUCGAAGCCUCGGGUAUCAGAGGACCACCACUACCCGUCGCUACUGAACACUGUCUGUCUGGAAUGUGGACUGUUAACUCUGCUCCCCGCUGCUCUCAGCCACUUUCCAAGAGGCCAGUUCCCCUCGAACAAGCCUGUCAGACGUCUUUUGUGAUGAUGUACCAGGAGUGAUUUCCGAGUCGCAGGACGGAUGAGUUGAGCGUGCUGAACUCAGUAAAAGUAUUUGAACCUUAGUCUCUGGCCCGCAGACAGGUUGUGGAUUUAGCCGAGCUGCAGAUUCUCAGUAUAAAGAUGUGUGAUGAGGACCAUUUCGGAGAGCACGGUGAGAUGUUCAUCAGUGAUGAUGUGGACCAGCUGUCAGUCAGUGAUGAGUCUGAGCCUGAAGAAGCACCCAACAGAAAACUGGACCACGGCGGCGAUGAUGAUGAUGUUGACUCUGUUCCAGCUGCUCUUCACAAGGCUCAGGACUCAUUCAGUUUGAGCGGAGGGUGCUCAGCCUUCUCAGACCGCUGUCACAGUGUCUUUGACGGCCUGGACAGUGUUGACCGGCAGACUUCCUCCUCUCUGAGUGAGGACAACAUUAGAGACAUACUGUGUACUCAGCCUCCUUUUCCCAGCCGUAAGACGAGCCACCUUUUGUCCAACCGUCCCACACCAAAGACGAGAGGAGUUCCAGAUUAUUUGCUGCACCCUGAGCGCUGGACACACUACAGUCUGGAGGAUGUGCCCGAGACCAGCAAUCGGGACAACAGCAAGGUGGCUCUCUCCUUCCUGUCCAGUCUGCAGCAGGAGAGAAAAACGGAUUCCUCCUGCGACGUCCAGCAAAGGAUGAUUUUCUCCAGAGCCAAGCGACUGAUGGAAGAACAAGUUGCUGAUCAGCUGUCAACUGUGAGGGCAAAAGAGAGGAGAAUGCACCUCAGUCACCUGGAGGAAGAGGAUGAGGAUUGCAAAGGUGGGCAAAGAGAGAAGACUGAAGCAAGGAGAACAGAAAAAAGUGUAGAAAAGUCUGAGAAAAAAGACAAAGAUGAAGAGACAGAUAUAAGCGGACCUGCGUGUCGGGCAGAGGACAACAAACAGGUGCAGAAAAAAAAGAAGAUAAAAGAGUCCAGCCAGGGCUUUACCUAUUUCAAGAAUUCAAAGACUAAGAACUACAGAAAGAGCUCAGAGUGUUCGGACAGCUGACCCCAACACAAUUUAGUGUGACCUCACAAACAGCAGAGCUCAUCUAUAACAUCCAGUCUUACUGCUGUCCAGGCACAGCAAACCUCCACCCCCUGUAUAAGAGAUUCCACUCACUAGAGAGCAAUGUUUAUUUCACUCCUGACCCUCCAGCCAGCUCCACUUACAAGUGUUUGCUCUGAUUUGCCUGCAUCGAUGCCUAGCAGUAAUAUCAGUGUGCAUUGGCUUUUCCAAAUGUGUUGAACUUGUGUGCAGAACAAUAUUUUUAGGAAGAGUUUUUCUAUCUUAUUUGGUCAUUUAGUUAUUUGUUUACAUUAGAAACAGAGUUGUAGAACAGAUUUAAAAACAAAAGUUUACACACACUUGUAAAGACCAUGUAUAUCAUGGUAGUCGUGAGUUUUUAGUGACUCCAACAACUCUUCAUUUUCUGUGAUGGAAUCAUUGAAACACAUGCGUCUUUGUCACAAAAACAAUGAUGCAUUUUGGCUCUUUCAGAAAUUUAUUGUAGGUUGUUGGAAAUAUGACAAAAUGUGUUGGGUCCAAAAUAUACAUACAACAACGUCAAUUCAUCAGUAUUGGUGAUGUAGAAAGUUAUUUUCUUAGUGGCAUGACCUCUUAACUUCCUGUGAGUGAUUCCGAUUGACUACAGCUGCUGACUUCUGUUAGCCAGUUUAAACAUGGUCCAUUUGAUACAUUCAUUACUACAGUGGGAAAUUCUAAUGAGCUGAGUACAGAUCUCAAAAACAAGUCAUUAGCUUGAACAAAUAAGAAAGUCACCUAGAGCCAUUUCAAAGAUACUUCAGAUUCCAAAAUCAACUGUAAGUAUACAGUGCAUGGCACAGUUGUGUCGCUGCCAUGAUCAGGAAGAAAACACAAGCUUCUGCUGAGAGAUAGUUGGUCAGGAUGAGACAACCAGGAAUCGCCAAAAAGCAGGUCUGCAAUGAUGCCUGAACACAGCUGUCAGAGUCCAUAGUUAAGAGUGUGUUACAUCACCAUUAACUGAGAGACAGGAACCCCAUCCUCCAGAAACAGUACCUUAAAGUGUUACUGAAGGUUGCUGCUAAUCACCACAUGGACAAAGAAAAAGUCCUUUUGGAGGAAAUUUAUGUUGUCAGAUAACAAGAGAAGGCCUUUAACCUUAAUGAACACCAUACCUACUAUCAAGCAUGGUGGUGGUAGUAUUAUGCUCUGGAGCUGUUUUGAUGUCGGUGGCAUUGGUGUUUCACACAAAGUAAACUGAAAAAUAAAAAAGGAUUAGGUCCACAUCUUUCAAGAAAGCCUAAAAUCAUCGACCAGAAGGUUUGAUCUUGGAAGCAGUUGGUUGUCCCAACAAGAUAAUAACCCCAAACACACAUUAAAAGUACGUGGUAAAGAAAUGAGUAAAUCGGGCUAGAAUUGAGGUUUUAUAUUGGCCUCCUCAAGGUCCUGACUUAAACCCCAUUGAUGAUCUGUAAACUGCAGAAGAAACAAGUCUGUGUCAUAAAGCCAUCAAAUUUAGCUGAGCUGUACCAACUCUGUCGAGAGGAGUGGUCAAAGAUACAACUAGAAGCUUGUGGACGGCUAUCAGAGGUACCUAACCGAGGUGAAAAUGGCCAAAAGACAUUUAACCAAAUAUUUGAAUUGCUGUAUGUAUAUUUUGGCCCCAGCAGAUUUGGUCAUAUUUCUAGAAGACCAAAAAUAAAGUUAAAGGACUCAAUAGAAAGUCAAGACUGCUUUGAUAUACAUAGUCUUCACAAGUAAAUAUUAACUUUAGUUAUGACUGUAUUUGCUUAUAGGCUGUAUGUUCCUAUUCCUAGCUUUGAGUUUAUGACACAGGAACGAGUUAGUCACUUUACUGGUUUUACAUAGUGCCGGGGAGUAUUUCGCAAAGUGAGUUCAGGAUAAUUUUACAGCCUGCACAUCCAAAAAGAACAUUUAAUAACUGACACUGUGUUUUCUACCAAGUGAUGGAGAUAGCAUGUGCUUCAUUAGAUAACUGGCUACAGCUCAAAAGAUUAACCAAAGAAAGCUCUCAUUUCAGGGGGCAGUAUUAUUUGACAUCUCGAAACAAAAGGCUGCUCUGUCUGAAUUAAACACCUCACAGUUUUAUCUUUGUGAAUUUUGAUCAAUAAAUCGGUUGAUUUGAUUAAUAGAUCAGCAACAGUAAGGUGACAGGAAACCAUCAGGUAUACUGGAAGGACUGCUGUUGUUAUGGUUCAAAUGUGAAAAUGCUUCUGUUUUUAGAAUUUAGAAUAGAGGACUCAGCUUGAUUGCAGCUAUUGUCACAGCCAGUUUUUACCAACAGUUAGCCAGACUGGAGAAGAACUACAACCGGUGUAUUCAUCUGCUUGUCUUUACUUUUGGAUUUUCGUUUUUGUUGUAUUUUAGAGUAGUCUCAUUCUUCACAUAAAAUAAAAAUGAUUGUCAAAAACUUUCAUAGAGUGUAUGUUUGGCAACAACAGCAAAAUGUGGCCCUUAAAAGUGCAAAAUAAAGUUUUAAAAAAUGA